AUCUGGAUGAUAAACACGCCUUGUCCGGACUGAAUUGAGGAUUUAAAGCCGUGGCUGAGAAACACCACCGGGUUAUAUAAGCAAUUUCCCCUCUGUAGCGGUUUCUCUGAAGACCAAGCUGCAACAAAUAUACUCAGAAAUCAGGAUUUUUGUUACGGAAACGAUUAUAAAGAGGAUUAUCUGGGCUGUGUGACGGAGGAUCCGGACGGGCUCUAGAUUCAGACCUUACCAUGGUGUGGAUGUAUACAGCGCUUUCCCUAACCCUCCUGUUAGGCUCUGUGACGGCCGGACUGGACAAAAGCGGAGUCCCUGUUUUUCUUGACCGGAAGGAGGCCAGUGAAGUCAUCAGCCGUCAGAAGAGAGCGAAUGCUGGGAACGAGGAGAACGCGCUCCCCCACAACCUCGAGCACGAGUGUCUGGAGGAGGUGUGCGACUACGAAGAAGCAAGAGAAGUGUUUCAGGACACUUAUCGCACUGAUAUCUUCUGGUCGGUGUACAUAGAUGGAGAUCAGUGUGCAAAUCAGCCGUGCAAAAAUGGAGCUAUGUGCUCAGACAGCGUUGGUGGUUACGACUGUAUCUGCAAAUCUGGAUUUUCAGGAGUGCACUGUGAAACAGAUCAGACAGUGUGCAUCAUCGAUAAGAGCAAAGGCUGUAGUCAGUUUUGUAAGCCUGGAUAUCAGUCGUAUGAGUGCUCCUGCGCCUGGGGAUGGAAGCUGCAGCAGAAAGAGAAAUGCGUUCCUGCUGGGCAACACCCAUGUGGAAAGGUGAGCAGCCUGAGUCAGUGGAACAGCCAUCAGUCCAGCAACAUUCGCUCAAAAUUUGAAGGACUGGACUGCAGGGCUGAAGAGUGUCCCUGGCAGGCCCUGCUGCGUAACAGCGACUCGAAAGGCUUUUGCAGUGGCGUCAUCAUUAAAGAAAACUUUGUCCUGACGACUGCACAGUGUGCAGGCAAAUAUCCUGACUUCCAGGUGGCUGUGGGCAAAAGGUUGACUUCCUAUGAGACAGGUGAACAGAACCUGUAUGUGAAGCAUGUGCACGUUCAUCCACUUUUCAUGGAAGGCAAACCAGAAAAUGACCUCGCCGUGAUCGAGCUGAAGGAAAAGAUCAUCUUUAAGAAGAGUGUAGUAGCGGCCUGCCUGCCUGAGCGAGAUUUCGCAGAGACCCUUUUGAUGUCGGGCGAGCACUUGGGCGUGAUUACGGGCUGGAAAGACGCAUCCGAGUUCGAAGGAAAUCUCCGGUUAAAUCACCUGUCCUACAGCAAACUGCCGAGCUGUGUGGAGCGUCACUCGGGCCAGGUUACCAACAAGAUGUCCUGCACGCUACAAAGCCCUAAAGCAGAUUGCUUCUUCGGCCCCGGAAGUCCUGUCCUCACCUUGUACCGAGAGGUCUUCUUUUUGACCGGUGUGGUGAGCCAGUCCCAAGGGAUAGAGUGCAGCAAUGGCUACGUCUUUCAGAAAGUCUCUCGCUUUAUUCCCUGGUUAAGAAAUGUAAUGGGCUCGGUAUAAAACAUACGAGAUGAAACUGCUCCUGAAACUGUGCUGUCUGCUUUCUUAACUUCCAGCAUGUGGUAUUUCCCGAGCAUGUAAUUGCUAGUGCGUGAUAUUUCUCCAAAAGCCGACAUUCUCUGUUUUAAUUCCUGUAGCAAAGUUUCUAUCAACUUCUAUAAUACACUGUUUUACAUAUACAAAUUCAUAUACAUAUUCAUAUACAUAUACAUAUUCAUGCCUAUACUUAUACAUCUUCAUAUGCAGAAUCUUAAACAUAUACAUACUUGUAUACAUAGAUAACGCGCACUGAUUUGCCUUUUUGUGUGUUUUAAUUCUUUCUUUAGAAUAAAAUAAGGCAUAAGCAGUAUAACAUGCUACUUUUAAAUCUAAUUUAACUAUAAUCAAAUCUAAACCAUAUUAUCUCUAUACACAGUGUAUUAUUAAAGUCUGUAAUAGUACCAAAAUGAGAAAACAUCAACAUCUUUCAUUUUCUCCAUUUUACUCUUUUCCAUUAUCAUUAAAGUAUAUUUUCUUGACCCAUUUUUAACAUUCCACCAUUUUCUUUCAUAACCCAGAACCAACUACAUAAAAUGGCUACAUGAAACAAAAUAAACCAAAUGUAUAACAUGAUAUAUCUACUGUGUGUAAUACAGAGGCAGGACAUUUGGUUCUGCAGUAUACAAUAUCCUUCUUCAAAUAAUUGCAUUGUUGUCAUGUGUCAAAUUAUUAAUAAAUGUUUUUGUGCUCUGUA